CUGUCACAGUGGAUCAUGAUCAUGGGUUCUCACCCUUUACUAUUAUUGCACUCACCAUAUUCUUGCUCUCAUCCAACUGCCGCCUCUGCACUUCUCUAAUAAGCACUCGAACCUGGGCAACUCACCCAAAAAGCCUGAAUAGAUGCAGGCUUCUAUUUAAACAAAGCGGGUUCUUUGUGAAGCUCUGAACAGCUCACAGCCUCAUCCCUGGCCCUGGGGAGGCUAUUCGAACACCCAUGAGAUAGAUACCUUCCUUGUGAGUUUUCUAUCUGUUUGAAAAUUUAUGCGACUUAAUUUAGAGGAUUCGAUGAAAUGCCUCAGCCUCGUUAGAUUCUUUUGAGUCAGUUUCCUCGUAUUGAUACAUUAAGAAAUUGAGAUGACAUUUGCGGACAACAUUCUCAUCAUCACAUGCAUCCUCGUAGCAGCAGCAUGGUUCACGUCUUUAAGCACCGUCUCCUCCUUUUCCUCCUCCUGGGCUGAAGAAAUGGACUCUUAUGUUGGAGAUGCAUGCAGCGUGACGCGCUACCCCGACCUCUGCAUCCACUCUCUGGCAUCUUAUUCAAACAGCGCCAAGAGAGAUCCCCGCAAAUGGGCACGAGCUGGGGUCUCCGUCACGAUUUCUGAAGCAAAGCUUGCAUCCCAGUACUUGGCCAGACUGGAAAGCCGCAACACCACGAGGGGAAGAGACCGUGCUGCUCUUUCCGACUGUAUUGAGUUAUUCCAAGACACGCUCGACAAUCUUCAUGGAUCUCUUGGUGCGCUCAGAAAUUUUACUGGCCAAGGCUUCGAUUCGCAGAUGAGGAGUGCCAUAUCAUGGCUGAGUGCUGCUCUGACGGACCAAAACACUUGCUUGGAUGGCUUCAGCGGCCAGGAUCGUGAAGACAAGAUGAAACAGAUUCAAUUACUGCAAAAGAGAGUCUUAAACACGACUUACAUGACCAGCAAUGCACUGGCUCUGGUAAACAGGCUCGCCACUUCUGGCCCUGAAAGAUCCGGUGAAAUACUAGCAUAAUACACUGGACCAGCAUUCAGCAAUCAUGAUUACUAUAGUACUUAAGCAACCAGAGGUGCGGGGGAAACUCUGAUACUCAUACAUACAACGCUUUUGUCUUCGCUUUAUUUGGCUCGAAGGUGACCAACUAAAAAUUUGUAAACCAGAGGUUCUUAUAAAAAUCACAUGUUUAUCGUUGUAGCAAUA